AUGUCUUCCUCAUUCGACGCCUUCAGCGCCGACGGGGAGGAGGCGGCGGCGAGGGGAUCCAGUCGGCCCUUCGACGACGAUGGCUACCUUGGUUAUGAUCCACGGCUUCCCUCCCAGCGCUACGAGUCCUACAACGGCUACGCCGCCGACGCAGAUGGUAAGGAUUAUAUCGGCGGAAUUCACCCCGAGGAGCCCCCCCUGGGUUUCCCUUCUGAUGAUGGCCGCGGCAGUGGCGGUUUCGGGCUGGACGAGGAUAUCCCCAUCCCGGUUGUCUCGGGGGACAGCAUCCCGCCUUCGCCUGAGAACUUUGGCCUGCGAUCUGACCCGGAUCCGGACUUUUCCUCGGUUCCCCCUCCAUUCGCGAUGCCGGAGACAAAUGGAAAGCUGUUCGCGGAGGCGGAUGACGGAGGGGUUUUCGUGUCCGAUGGUCCAAUCCUUCCUCCUCCCAACGAGAUGCAGUCUGAUGAAGGAUUUAUUCUCAGAGAAUGGCGCCGGUGGGUAUAUCACCAUAUUUUGGAAUCUGUUCCUUUAGAUCUGAUUUUUGGAUGAUUGAAUUGUUUUGAGUUUUAUCUGUUUACCUGACAUGCGGAGAGUCGACGCUUCCUUAUCGUUGGUUUCCUCCUUUUUCGUCCUCUUCCAAUAUUAUUCUGUUUCCGAUGACAUCCUGGAGGAUAUUGUCUCAGUGGUUUCUUUCUGUGCGUCAGUUGCGAUUCCAGUGUAUGAAAUAACCACUUUCUAGUAUAUCCCUGUAAUCAAUUCAACUUAAUGCUGAUGUCAAUGGGUCUAGUUUAAUCUGACGUGUAUACUUAUCUACAUAUUCAUAAAUUGUAUCUGCCAAAACAUCUCUACUCCUGCUGCCGACAACAAUUUAUUUUGCUUAAAUCAUAGUUGAGCUAGCGUCUAACUCAUGUUUAAGAAAAGAGUUUUAUUCCUAACUUUGACCCAUUCACCGAUGUCAAAUUAGUGAUGAAAUGAACUCCCUCUUGCUCUCUCUCUCCUCCCUUGUGGAGACACUAAAAUGAACGGGUCUGAUUCCCUGAUGAUCUUAUAACAUUUUAGGAAUGUAGCGAACUUGUGUCACACUCUUCAAAACACCUCUAGUAGCAGCUUUAGAAAGCAAGCAAGCAAGUAUUUAUUUUUCUUCACUGGCUAAAACCUCUUUAAUUUUGCUCAUGAAACAAUGAAAUGCUUCAUUAUUAUGAGAUAUCACAGGAAAGCACGUCUUCCAGAUGUAAUCUUAUUUUUUAAGUUCUCAUAAGUUUCUUGUGUGAGUCAUUUGUUUGGCCUGACAGUAGCCAACUAACACUCCAUUUUGAACUGAUUUCUGACAUUUGGUAUGAAUGCACUGUCGUGUGACUGACCAGCGGCCUCUUUCAAUCUGUAGAAAUUCUAGAACCAGCUAGAUUUAUUGUCACCCAUAAUAAGCGCAGAAGGAUGUGCAUUAAGUGAUGUUGACUAUUUAUGCUCCUCUCUGCAAAGGGAGCACCAUGAUAACUCCUUUUUAAGCGACAUUUAUGUGGGACAACGAGAGAGAUGCUUCCCUGUGCGCAUUUAAUACAAUCACAACUGGACACAAAGCAUGCGUCCUUUGACACACGCACAUAUGAGAGAUCGAGAGAGAGAGAGAGAGAGAGAGAGAGAGGAUGCUGAACUAGCGUGUCUGGAAUUGAUGUUCUUCACCAUGCAGACACAUGCUAAAUCACAAAAUGUUGAAAUUAAUUGGUUACACUUGGGCGUCAAACAAAUAAGAAGCCAUUGUCUUCCCUCUAGUAGACCUACUUUUCCCUUCAAUGUAAAAUACAAUGGUUGAUCUAACCAUUCAUGUUUGCACGGCUAUUAGUUGCUAAUUGGAUCACCAUUAUUUUCUCAGUUGGGAUAAGAAUAAAUAUCUGCCGAAAAUUUUGCAUGCCCCAAAAUGUUCUUGGGCUUGUUUAGUACCAGGUGUUAUAGACCUUAUCAAACAACCAUUGAUCCCAGCGCAUUAACAUGAAGAAAAAAACCUUCUGUGGAAUCAACUUGUUGCAUGUGUGAUUGAUCUUAAGGCAGGAGUAUUUACAAUAUUUUGAGUGUGGAUGCAUCUAUUUUUUCAGAGAUAGAAAGCCAGAUAACCUAUCCCUGUUUUGAACCCGGGGAUAAGUUAAAUCUCUUAGAAGCAGGGCAUUCUCUUGCUCUUUUAGGAUGCCAUUAUUUAAGAACACCAACAAUAGAUGUAGAAUUACUAAAUGGAUUUCUGAUGCAGGCAACAAUAUGGUCUUCAAUUUUUUGUCAUUUGAUGGAUGACGGCAUUGUUUGCACUGCCCAAUAGAUUUUUAUUUUUUUGUCGUUGGUUUGAGGGAUGAUAAUGAUGUAGCAUUUGCGGUAGCCAAUACUUUCCUUUUUUUAGCAAGUUUUGUGGCAUUUUAUGACACUUUCCCUUGAGCUUGUAGAGCACAGAGCUUAUCUUCUCUCUGUACUUUGUCCAGGCAAAAUGCUAUCCGUCUUGAGGAAAAGGAGAAGAGGGAGAGGGAGCUGAGAGAUCAGAUUCUCGAUGAAGCUGAUGAAUACAAGAGGGCCUUCUAUGAGAAGAGGCAAAUAAACUGCGAAACAAACAAAACCCAGAACAGAGAGAGGGAGAAGGUGAAACGAUAACCAUCAAAAGUCCUCAUGAAACCAUAGGAAUGAUCUAACUCAUUUGCAUUGAUUUUGUUUCUCGCCCAAUCUUCCAGCUGUUUCUAGUCAAUCAGGAGAAAUUCCAUGCCAACGCCGAUAAACAGUAUUGGAAAGCGAUCGCAGAGCUUAUCCCUCAUGAGAUACCCAACAUCGAGAAGAAGAGAGGGAAGAAGGACCAGGAGAAGAAGCCAUCCAUCGUUGUUGUUCAGGGCCCAAAACCAGGAAAACCCACAGACCUCGCUAGGAUGCGGCAGAUACUGAUCAAGCUGAAGCACUCACUGCCGGCCCACAUGAAACCCCCAGUGCCGCCCGCUCCCGCCAAGGACGUAGCUCCUGCUGCCCCUGGAAGCAAGCCGGCGGGCUCUGGCAAGGAGCCCACCGCCAACGGCUCUGCUGCACACAAGGAGCCAUCUCCUGCUGCGCCUGAAGGCCAGAUUGCUGCCGCCGAUGCUGCCCCCCUUCAAGCUGUCUCUGCUUAA